CCGGCAUGAGCCACAUCCAGAUCCCGCCGGGGCUCACGGAGCUGCUGCAGGGCUACACGGUGGAGGUGCUGCGACAGCAGCCGCCUGACCUCGUCGAAUUCGCAGUGGAGUACUUCACCCGCCUGCGCGAGGCCCGCGCCCCAGCCUCAGUCCUGCCCGCCGCCACCCCACGCCAGAGCCUGGGCCACCCCCCGCCAGAACCCGGCCCGGACCGUGUCGCCGACGCCAAAGGGGACAGCGAGUCGGAGGAGGACGAGGACUUGGAAGUUCCAGUUCCUAGCAGAUUUAAUAGACGAGUAUCAGUCUGUGCUGAGACCUAUAACCCUGAUGAGGAAGAGGAAGAUACAGAUCCAAGGGUGAUUCAUCCUAAAACUGAUGAACAGAGAUGCAGACUUCAGGAAGCUUGCAAAGAUAUUCUCCUUUUCAAAAAUCUUGAUCAGGAACAGCUUUCUCAAGUUCUUGAUGCCAUGUUUGAAAGGAUAGUCAAAGCUGAUGAGCAUGUCAUUGACCAAGGAGAUGAUGGAGACAACUUUUAUGUCAUAGAACGGGGAACUUAUGACAUUUUAGUAACAAAAGAUAAUCAAACCCGCUCUGUUGGUCAAUAUGACAACCGUGGCAGUUUUGGAGAACUAGCUCUGAUGUACAACACCCCGAGAGCUGCUACCAUUGUUGCUACCUCAGAAGGCUCCCUUUGGGGACUGGACCGGGUGACUUUUAGAAGAAUCAUAGUGAAAAAUAAUGCAAAGAAGAGGAAGAUGUUUGAAUCAUUUAUUGAGUCUGUGCCCCUCCUUAAAUCACUAGAGGUGUCAGAACAAAUGAAGAUUGUGGAUGUAAUAGGAGAGAAGAUCUAUAAGGAUGGAGAACGCAUAAUCACUCAGGGUGAAAAGGCUGAUAGCUUUUACAUCAUAGAGUCUGGCGAAGUGAGCAUCUUGAUUAGAAGCAGGACUAAAUCAAACAAGGAUGGUGGGAACCAGGAGGUCGAGAUUGCCCGCUGCCAUAAGGGGCAGUACUUUGGAGAGCUUGCCCUGGUCACCAACAAACCCAGAGCUGCCUCAGCUUAUGCAGUUGGAGAUGUCACAUGCUUAGUUAUGGACGUACAAGCAUUCGAGAGGCUUCUGGGGCCCUGCAUGGACAUCAUGAAGAGGAACAUCUCACACUAUGAGGAACAGCUGGUGAAGAUGUUUGGCUCCAGCGUGGAUCUGGGCAACCUCGGGCAGUAGGUGUGCCACACCCCAGAGCCUUCUUAGUGUGACACCAAAACCUUCUGGUCAGCCACAGAACACAUACAGAAAACAGACAUGACAGAACUGUUCCUGCCAUUGCCGCCACUGCUGCCAUUGCUGUGGUUAUGGGCAUUUAGAAAACUUGAAAGUCAGCACUAAAGGAUGGGCAGAGGUUCAACCCACACCUCCACUUUGCUUCUGAAGGCCCAUUAUUAGACCAGUUGUAAAGAUUACUCCAACCCAGUUUUUAUAUCUUUGGUUCAAAACGGCAUGUCUCUCCAACAAUUUAAGUGCCUGAUACAAAGUCCAAAGUAUAAACAUGCUCCUUUCCUCUCUUGCUGCUACUCUUGCUUUUGGAAGUUACCACAGGGUCUGCAGAAACCUGUUGUAUAACUGUAGACACUCUGUAAUGGUUCUCAAAGGAGGAAAUGUAGCCUUCAGUCUCCUCAUUUGUCCUUUGAGAAAGUCCACAUUUGUUCACAGUUGCAGCCUUUGGUUUUACAGUGGGAAAUGGUGUGGUGGAUGAUAUGGACAUAUGUAGCCCAGUGGCAUUGUACUUUCUGCUGACAGCUGCACACAUUACAGCUGUCUCCAAACCCACAGUGAUGCUUAGGGAAAGACCCUGCUCAGGACCCAGCAGGUCAGCACCCCAGAGCAGACUGAUAGGUCAGUGGGACCCAUGUUAGAGCAGAAAAUUUGGGCUCAGCACAUUUUACUGUUAGUAGAGAGCCAGGAAAGGUUUUCUGGGUUGGGGAUUUUGUGGGAUUUUUAAAUUUUUUUAGUAGGUUUUGUUUAACCUCUGUGCAGUUUGUAUGAAUGAAUUGCUAUACAUUUAUAAGGAGCCAGGGUCUGGAGGGUUGCUAUUACUUUGUCCAGCCCAAAUACCUUCCUGGGCAACUCCUGCCAUUUGUUUGCAGUUGCCUCUACUAGCUGAUGGCAGUAUGCUGGAAAGAGGUUGUACUAUAAAGAGAGUUCUUUCCUUCUACUCCAGAGUUGUUGUGUAGCUUUGCCGUUGAACCCAUCAAUUUUUAAACUCUUUAAAGAAGCAGCAGCUAUUUUUUUGAAAUUAAAGAAAAUUCUCAGGCCAGGCUCAAUGGCUCAUGCCUAUAAUUGUAGUGCUUUGGGAGGCUGAGCUGGGAGGAUCGCUUAAGACCAGCCUAGGCAACAGAGUGAGACCCUGUCUCUACAAAAACAAAAUUUUUUUUUUUUUCUUUUUGAGACGGAGUUUCGCUCUUGUUGCCCAGGCUGGAGUGCAAUCGUGUGGUCUUGGCUCACCGCAACCUCUGCCUCCCAGAUUCAAGUGAUUCUCCUGCCUCAACCUCCUGAGUAGCUGGGAUUACAGGCAUGCGCCACCAUGCCGGGCGAAUUUUGUAUUUUUAAUAGAGACAGGGUUUCUCCGUGUUGGUCAGGCUGGUCUCGAACUCCCAACCUCAGGUGAUCCGCCCACCUCAGCCUCUCAAAGUGCUGGGAUUACAGGUGUGAGCCACUGCACCUGGCAAAAAAAAAUUUUUUUUUAAUUUGUCAGGUGUGGUGGUGCAUGCAUGUAGUCCCAAAUACUUAGGAGGCUGAGGUGGAAGGAUCACUUGAGCCCAGGAGGUCAAGGCGACAGUGAGCUGUGAUCAUGCCACUGCACUCCAGUCUGGGUGACACAGUGAGACCCUGUCUCUUAAAAAAAAAAAAAAAAAAGGAAAAAAACUAUUCUUUAGGUAAUUUCACUUGGACAUAUUCAUGUAUAUGGAGUUUGUCAGCUGACUCAGGCAUUUACCCUAAAGAUCAAAUCUGUUUUCAAAAAUUGGCAUUGGCCGGGCACGGUGACCCACGCCUGUAAUCCCAGCACUUUGGGAGGCCGAGGCGGGCGGAUCAUGAGGUCAGGAGUUCAAGACCAGCCUGGCCAACAUAGUGAAACCCCGUCUCUACUAAAAAUACAAAAAAUUAGCCGGGCGUGGUGGUGGGCGCCUGUAAUCCCAGCUACUUGAGAGGCUCAGGCAGGAGAAUCGCUUGAACCUGGGAGUGGAGGUUGCAGUGAGCCGAGACUGCACCAUUGUAUUCCACCCCGGGUGACAAUGCAAGACUCCAUCUCAAAAAUAAAAAAAAAAAUUGGCAUCAUUUACAAUUUCAUAGAAUUACUGUGAAGGCCUUUCUAGUUGAGAUGUUGGGGUAUUUGGGAUUCUAAUUGUUAACCCCAGAAGAAGGUAAUUUAGCUUGUAUUUAUUUAAAACCCAUUUAGCCUUUUACUUAUAUCUGGUAGAAUUCCAGUGAUCAUCCUAAUAAGGUAUAUUUCAGAAUAAUUUUUUUUUCCUUCAGAAUAACUUAGAAUCAGAUGCUAUAAGGGCUCCUAGGAGCAGUGUGAAAUUUCCGUAAAGAUAAAUUUGAAUGUUGUAACCAAGUUUAUAUUAAACCAAGAGGCCAUUUCCAAUAUGAUUUUUUGUUUCUUUUUAACUUGUUAAGUCCCUAAGAGAUUAAAUACUAGGGCUUGAGUCAUUUCUGUUGUGGAUAAUGAUGGCCCACACAGUCACCUUCAACUGUCCACAUAAGCUAGGCUUUCCGCUUUUGCCACGGACAGUGUGACCAAGAUAUUUCCAGAGUAAAUAACCCACCACAACCUUGGUAAUUCCUCUUUUCUUCUUAAGCUCCAGGAAGCGAAAGCAGAAGGACUCUUUUCAGACUGCCCUCUGUAGCCUACAUUGCAGCUUUCCAAAACAGGCAGCUAGCACUGGGAAAGCCCAUGUGGUGACCCCAUAUUUUUCUGAGGUUCUUCUUUUCCAUGGUGUUACUUUAUUAUCAGAAAGUAAAUUCAGAAAACAGGUCUUGCCCUCAGCAGACAAGAACCACACCAGUUUCUUGCAAAGGUAACGGAUACAUUGGGAUUCAGGAGUGACACAGAGGUCCAGCCCCAGAACUUGUGAGGAUUUUGUUUGAACACUGAGCAGAUGCCUUCUCCCUGCCACCCAUCACACUAGUUAGGGCUGGCCAUGAAUUCUAUGCCAGAGUCACUCCUGCAGUCUGCUAGGGAUGGGCCUUCUUAUCCCGCUCUCGCACACAUCCCAGUCUAGUCUUUGCCUUCACAGAGUCCUCCUUGACACCCCUGACUUAAUGAUAGUUGCUGUUUUGGAGUAGAAUUGAUCAGGUUUAAGUCAUCCUGCUCAGGUUGGGCAUAGUGGCUCAUGCCUGUAAUCCCAGCACUUUGGGAAGCCAAAGUGGGAGGAUUGCUUGAGCCCAGGAGUUCCAAACCAUCCUGGGCAACAGAGGGAGACCCUGUCUCUACCGAGAAAAAAAAAAAAAAAGAAAAGUUAAAAAAACAGUUAGCUGGACCUGGUGGUGCACACUCAGUAGGCUGAGGUGAAAGGAUUCCUUUAACCUGGGAGACUGAAGCUGCAGUGAGCCAUGAUCGUGCCACUGCACUCCAGUCUGGGGGACAAAGUGGGACCCUAUCUCAAAAAAAAAAAAAAGUCAUCCUCCUCCAACUACUGAUUGACAUAUGGAUCAUCAGUUCAGACCCUCACUGCAUACAGGAUCCCUAGAGGGUUCUAUUUAAUAGCUUGAGGAGGGGAGACUUUAAAAGGACGUGUGUGAGUGAAAUAGGAUAUAGCCAUUACCACGGUGCCAGGACCUGACAGCGUUCCAAUUCUUUUUGCAGCAUGGGGAAUCAAAGGUGGCAUGCCAAGUUCAACUCAGGGCUGAGGUAUCCACAUUGUCCACAUCAGGCAAGCCCUGCACUGAUGGUUGAGCCUCAUGGAGAGGAGCAUGUGUUGGAAAGAGAUCCCUUUGUUAACUGUUUUGUGAUGUUCUCUUCAAUGAAUUAGAGCUCAUGCCCCUUUUCUGGCUUUGCUGUUGAUUUUGGAUGGUAGAGAAUAUUCCUGAGAGCCUUCCUUUUGGCCCCCAGCUUAUCCCACCCACUCUCUUCUCUUGGUUGAAUUCUCUGAAGGAAAGGUUCAUGUGCUAUUGUCCUGUUAGUCAAUAGUCUUCAUAUAUAAUUGUGUUACAUAUAUUGCUGUAGACUCUCAGAAAUCAGGGUAGAGCUUUUCCUUUGAGCAGUUUAAUGAGUGAAUUCAGCAGCAAAGUGGCAAGAAAUGGUUCUCCGGCCAGGAGAGGUUAUGUUUAUCCUCUGAUUGCCCAUUUUCUCUGCACACAGUGAUAUCGUAUUCAGUGAGAGGUGCUGUUGGCACCUAGCAACACCCUGGGCACACAGCAUUUCAUGUCAUGUCACAGUGUACAAGCUACCCUCUCUAAUUUAGAAAGAAGAGCAUUUUGCACAGAGAAAAAUAAAAAGAUCCAUGAGUGUCAUCUUUUAUCUUUUAUUUUCAGUUGGCUGAUGUUGGAAUUUUUGUUCUUGUCAUGAACUUGUAAACCAAUCUUGCCAAGAUACAAGUUGUUUUGGUUUUUCACUACAAUGACCUCUUGUUCCUCCUGUCUUGACUGCUGACGUUCCUCAAUGAUUCUAUUGUCUAUUUUAUGGGAAGCAGCCUUCCCAUAGGUUUCCUUUUACACACUGCAGGGCUAUCUUUAUACUUAAAAAAAAAAAAAAAAAAAAAGGACAAGAACUGUCACUAACCUCAUGGGGGGGGUUUGCGUAAAACCAUUUAGCCCACCUUGAGCAAAGGGUAGAUUCCGUGUUGUUUUUUUAAGCUCACUGUAAUAAAAUAAAUCUAAUUCAGCAUUAUUGUGCUACCUCAAAGGUAAAAAAUGUUUUAAGGUCUUCUUUUGGUCCUGAGUUCUAUAUACAGUGUUUGAAAUGUCUUUCAAUUGGAAUUAUUUUUUAAAUCCUUGGAGUGAAUUUUAUUUUAAUCUGUUUUAAUCUUGUAUUUUAAUCUCAGAAGAAUAAGUGAUUGAAACGUGAUCAAUUCUUGCUCUGUGGUGUUAAACAUAUAAUGAACAGUCAUUAAGAAUUAAGUCACUGUUUGCCAUAAACAAGGUUGAUGUUCUUUUUGUUGUUGUUAAGGAAACCCUAGGGCUCGGCUUUACUCUCGAUUAAUAAAGGCUGACAAAUCA